UACCUUUAUGUAUGAGUGCGUGUCCUGUGAUUUGUUGUGUGUGAAACCGUGUACUGGCUUGAGAAUCUCUACAGUUGACCAGAUAGCGGUUCUUUUUCGUAUAUGAGAAUAAAAAUGUUACUGUAUCGUGCUGCUCCGGCGAAAGCAAUUACAUUAGUUAUUCGGAGUGGGGAUAGGUAAAGUUGUUCUUGUUAGUAGAAAUUUUGGAGAUGGACUUUAGUUCUCGUUCUUGUUAAAUAUACAAUCCUGAUGCGUUUUAUUGUGGAAAUACUCAUUUUCGGAGCCCUUUUGGGACUCGUACAAUCGCAACCUUCCACCCAACCUUGGUAUGAGACUCUUCCGGCUGUUGCUAUGGAUUAUAAAGUGCACAUAGAUCCCGGCAAGGAAGACUGCUACUUUCAAUACGUCAACCCUGGAGCAACUUUUUAUGUCAGCUUUCAGGUAUUGCGAGGUGGAGACGGAAUGGCAGGUUUUGCAGUUCGAAAUCCCAGUGGGCAAAUAGUCUAUCCUUACCAAUGGAGAAUGAGCGCUGAUUAUCAGGAUCAAUCCGUUACUGGAGGCUAUUACAGUGUCUGCAUAGAUAAUCAGUUCUCUAGAUUUGCCUCAAAAUUGGUUAAUCUUUACCUAACUGUGAUUAGAUAUGAUCAGUGGGAUAAAUUCACAAUGGAGCUCGCGGAACUGAAUCUCUCCGUUCAGAAUUUCACUACAACGAUUGUUGGAGUUGAGAAAAAUAUCAACGAAAUGCUCCAAAUACAGCAUUUGAGCCGAAGUCGAGAAGCGAGAGAUAUAAAUUUGUUAUUAGACAAUAAUUCGUAUGUUCAAAAUUGGUCUAUCAUACAAUUAUUAGUAAUAACAGCAACUACCACGCUGCAGGUUUACUUUGUGAGAAGACUGUUUGAAGUCAAACCAUCCGGAUAUUCUAGAGUAAGGAUAUAAACGCAAAAAGAUUCCAUUGAGAAUAGCGAUCGAGUAAUGAUAUUUUGCAGCAAGUUAAAAUACUUGAGAAAAAAUGCGUGGAAGCGAUUUGUACUUCCUGCUCAACUUUAUUGUCACCGAAUCCUCGAUUGUGCCAAACUUUUCUUAUGCGUUUGACUGAAUUAUGCCCAUUAUUACCUUACAAAUCUUGUUGCGGCUUUUGCAACGGUCAACUUUGGACAAUUAGUAUUCUGUAACACAUGCCCGGCUAAGUUAUCGUCUUAACCCUCCAACAUAUUAAAUAUUAACCACACCCAAUCACAGAAUGUAGAUUGAUAUUUUUUGUCAUUCCUCGUGCAAAUGUAUUAUUGCAUUCCUUUUAGGCCUAAGCUUCAUCGACUGUAUACAAUCUAUAUUUAUAAAUGAGAUGAUUAAACUGAGAGUCUGCUCUAUGUCUACAAUUUUCAAAAGAUAUGAUGAAUAAACUUUCACAUAAUUUUUUUACCUAUAAA